AUCCACUCCUUCUCUCCGUCCACCACCACCAUCGAGACAUCAUGUCUGCCCCUCCCGAGAUCGACGUCGGCGCCAACGAGCGCCCCAUUGUCGCCGCCUGGCCGCUCCCCGAGGAGGAGCAGGAGACAUGGACAGAGAAGGCAGUCCGCAAGUUCAAGCAGAAUCCGGGGGUCGUUCUCGGCUGUUUAGCAACGGCUGGCGCCUUCACCAUGGCUAGCGUACAAUUCAAGCGAGGCGAGCACUCGAAGCUCAACUACUGGCUGCGCUGGCGUGUAGUGCUCCAGGGUAUUACCAUCUUUGCGCUCGUGCAGGGCGCGGGCUCCUACACAGUCAAGAACGUGAAGAAGGCAGCCGAAGAACAAGAUCGCUACAUUGCGUCCGUAUCAGAGGAGAAGCGCCUUGAAGAGCGCCGCAAGUUCGCACAGCGGCUCGCGGAGGCCGAGGAGAACGAGCGCGUGGACACGAUCCAGCGGAACGCGGCGGCGGGUGUGGGUGGUUCAACAUCAAGCGAAAGCGGGAAGACAGGAUAUUGGUGGAAAGUGUGGUAGACGCGUUGAGCCCCCGUGUAUCGUCUGCCCACCAGACACGGUCGACCAUUUUCCCUCGUCACGACCCUAUCUACCUAUGUCCCAUCCCUGACCUGCGAAGGACAGGACCCUGCCCUUCAGUUCCUUUGUGUGUAUCUAUAGUACUACUCCGGAUAGUUAUCUGACUCGAAGACCACUGCUCAUCGACGACCCGACGGACAAGGACGCGAACUCAUCCUUUUGUCGGAACCGGACAUGCCGGAAAACUUUUCUUCGAUGCAC